UGGCAAGGGAGGGGGGCGCCCAUUGUUGCGCCGGGUACUUAAGGGGUCCUGAGGCCAGUCGUGUGCCACACUCGGUGCUCACACGAGCUGAUCUGAUCGCCGGCGACAUCACUCGGGAGACCAGCCCGGCGCGUGGCUCCUGCAGGCGAGGCGAGAAGGCAAAGCCAAGUUUCCUUUGCGCCCUUGCGCCCUUCCAGGCCCUCGCGCCCGCAACGGGCACAAAUCCUGCACAGCGCAAAGAUGCCAGCCCCGCUGGAGACCUGCCUCUCCGACCUCGAUUGCGCCAGCAACAACAGCAGCAGCGACCUGUCCGGCUUCCUCACCGACGAGGAGGACUGUGUCAGGCUCCAAUUGCCUGUCUCCACCUCGGGGCCGUCCGCGCCGGCCCGCAGGGGCGCACCUGGGAUCUCUGGGGCGUCAGACGUUCCUGGGGCGCAGGACGAGGAGCAGGAGCGGCGGCGGCGCAGGGGCCGUGGGCGAGUGCGCUCCGAGGCGCUGCUACAUUCACUACGCAGGAGCCGGCGCGUCAAGGCCAAUGAUCGCGAGCGCAACCGCAUGCACAAUUUGAACGCGGCGCUGGACGCGCUGCGUAGUGUGCUGCCCUCCUUCCCUGAUGACACCAAGCUCACAAAGAUCGAGACGCUGCGCUUCGCCUACAACUACAUCUGGGCUCUGGCCGAGACACUGCGCCUGGCCGAUCAAGGACUGCCCGGGGGCGCUGCCCGGGAGCGCCUCCUACCUCCUCAAUGUGCCCCCUGCCUGCCCGGACCCCCGAGCCCAGCCAGCGAUGCCGAGUCCUGGGGCUCCGGUACCGCGGCCUCCCCGUGCGCCGCCGCCACCUCACCACUCUCUGACCCCAGUAGCCCCGCGGCUUCCGAAGAUUUCGCAUAUGGCCCCGGCGAUCCCCUUUUCUCCUUCCCUGGCCUGCCCAAAGACUUGCUCCACACGACGCCGUGUUUCAUUCCUUACCACUAGGCUCUUUUUAGACCCCGUUACCGUCUUCUCCCCAAGCUAAUGGGCAAUACACGAGGACUCAGCUGUGGCUUCGGGAGCCCCCCACUCCAGGCAGAGGGAGGAAGCGGGAGCUUUAAAAGGGUAGGGAAUACCUGAGCCGCUUGUUAGGUCGCUGCACCCUUGCCAUGGCUGCCCCUUAGUCUGUUUCUCCAGCUCUCAGCCCUGGGCCCCUCCUGCCCGCCCCCAGACGGCCUUUCCUUUUGCACUUUCUGAACUCCACAAAACCUCCUUUGUGGCUGGCUCAGAACUGACCCCAGCCACCACUUCAGUGUGAUUUGGAAAAGAGACAGAUGAGCCCCUGAAGACGAGGUGAAAAGUCAAUUUUACAAUUUGUAGAACUCUAAUGAAGAAAAACGAGCAUGAAAAUUCGGUUUGAGCCGGCUGACAAUACAAUGAAAAGGCUUAAAAAGGAGACACAAGGAGUGGGCUUCAUGCAUUAUGGAUCCCGACCCCCACCACUGCCGGCUCGCUCUAGGAAGAACCCCAGCGCUUGCGUAGCUAUUCAGGCACGGGGCUGGAGGGUACUUUAAUUUAUUCAAGAUGCUUCAUUCAUAUGAAAAUGUAUUUUUGUACAUAAAGAGUUUAUUCUAUUAUUAUGAGCUAUUGAAGUUUACAUUUUUGUACUGCAGAUGCUUCGUGUAAAUAAAAACUGAGUGAAAAAUAA